CUCGGGGUAUAAAGUGUGCCUUCCCUCCAGCAGAAGACAGUGUCAAACCGUUCUCACCGACGCAGCACCUCCAGCCAUGAUCAGACCCGUGUCUUUGUUGUGCCUUCUGGCCUCCGCCGCCCUCGCCCUUCCGGGAGGAUACGGAGGUGGACAUGGUGGAAUUAACCUCGGCGGUGGCGGCGGACACGCUGCUGUCUUCUUCGGUGCCGGCGGCCACGGCGGCGGCCACGGCGGCGGCUUUGGUGGCGGCUAUGGUGGCGGCUAUGGUGGCGGAUAUGGCUACGCUGUUCCCACCCCUUACGCUUACAAUUAUGGCGUCUCUGCUGGCGUCACCAACUUCGGCCAGAGUGAAAAGGGCAACGGCUACGGAGGCGUGAACGGCGGGUACUGGGUCAACCUUCCCGACGGCCGCGUGCAGAAGGUGUCCUACUGGGCUGACGGAAGCGGCUACCACCCAGUGGUGACCUACUCUGGCAAGGCCCACUACCCUGCAAGCUACGGAUACGGCCACGGCGGCGGGUACCACUGAGAACACAACCCACCGCAAGACGGCAUAGGAGAGAUGGGGUUUUCCAUGUAAAUGACAGGCUUAUAAUAAAUUGGAAGAUUAUUUAGUCAAUCUCUCUUUCAUG